CAGCAGUGACACAUAUUAUAUACCAUAUCAAAGAAGAAUUUGUAUCACGAGCUCCAUGGCCAUGUCCCUAGCAAAACUCUCACUCUUUGCCAUGCUGUUCUUCUCCUCCACUCUCCUUAUUGCGAAAUCUGAUUACGCGGAAAUCUUGUUGCCCGAAGAACUCGGGCUCAAAACCAGGAAGCUCACCCACCUGCACUUCUACUUGCACGAGAACAUUACGGGACCCUUCCCUAAUGUCAUACGGGUCGCUCAGGCCGAGACAACUGACAAGUCCCCAUUCUCGUUCGGGGCCGUGAACGUGGUCGAUGACCCGAUCCUUGUGGGGCCGGAUCGAAGCUCGAAGCAGAUCGGGAGAGCCCAGGCGGUGAUGGCAUUCGCAUCUCAGAACGACUUUGCGGUGCUAAUGGCCAUCAACCUAGCAUUCACGGAAGGAAAGUACAACGGCAGUACUGUUACCAUAUUGGGGCGGAACAUGGUGUUCACGGAACUAAGGGAGUUGCCGGUGGUCGGGGGGAGUGGUGUUUUCCGGUUUGCCACAGGUUACGUUAAGACAAGCACCCACUUCAUGGACCUCAAAGCCGGGAUCGUCGUUCUCGAGUAUGAUGUUUAUGUAUUCCAUUUCUGAAAUUUCUAAACAAAGAUUUGCUUGGCUUGUGUUUGCUUUAAUGUUCUUCCUAAAUGUGAGAGGGAAUGUUCAUCCUGUUUGAGAGUUAGUGAUGAGAGUGCUAUCGCUGCAUUAAGCUUGUUUAUUUUGAGUUGAUCUAAAAGUCGUGUACGUGUACGAAAAGGAAGUGUAGUGCAGUCUUAAACGUACUUACCUCGAAUUAAGAGGUCUUGUUCUACUUGCAAAUGCAAAUUCUCCAAUCUCUUUAUUUACCUUUUCAUUUUGUUUCUCUCUUUUUUUUUUUUAAAGCUCAUAAUAUAUAGGUAGGUCUCCCUUUACUAAACAGCGUCAGAGCCUCCAAGUCGAGGCGCCUUUGGUCAGGCACAUGCACCAUGUGCACUUUCUAGCCCUUUGCAGCUGGUGAACUCC